AUGAACGACGACUUCCAGAGCUGCAAGAAGACAAAUGACCGCAACCCGGCCCAGUCGGAUUCGGGAUACCACAGUGGUAUUGGAACAGAUACGGCCUCCAUUUGUUCAAUCGACUCGAUCGGGAGUCUUGCAGACGUUUCGCCGAGUUUCUUGCAAGAGUUCGUGGAAUUCUUUAGCAGAAUGCUCAUCGAGAAAGCUGGAGCAUUUGCUUGGGCAAAGUAUGCCGUAUCAGUACACUCUGCAGAUGUCAUAGAGAAACAUCUCGGCGACCUUCUGAAAUCCUAUGCAAUUGGGCUUUCGCAUCUGGCGACGGACGCUGUUGCAGCAGGCGAUGGACUUGAUUCGAAGUUUUCCCACCUUCAGGAGUAUUCUCAAUUCUCGCUUCAGGAGAGAAUUGAUCUCCUUAACAAAAUGGACGGGAACUUCGAGAGCGAUGAAAAGAGCGACUCUGACGAUGACGAGGACUUCCUGGAUCUCGACGCGGCCCGAGAAAUCCUCAUCUCCGGACAGCCCUUCAGGCAGCUAGCAGUUUCCAUGCGAAGGGCUUUCUACUGCGACGAAAAUUCGAAGCUCAGCGAAAUCGAGAGAUGUGUUCGCGGUGAGCUGAUGGAUGCCACGGAAAUCAACCCCGACUUGCCCAAACCUACGGUCGCACCUCUACAUAAGGCGUCUUUCUCAAUCUAA